UGUAUGACUAAAUCGACGAUCCACAGGAGUCGACCAGUACACAAUUCUAAGGAAAGAUGUCAAACGCCACGUGUUCGGCUGUGGUUGCUCGUGGCCCCACUCCUUCAGUUGCCACGUAAGCAGCCGAGUGUAAAAUAAAGGAAAAUUCCAUUAUUCCAACCCUUCUCGCCAAGAAAAGUGAAGAAGAAAAAGCAAAUACAAAAGUGAAAAGAAAGGAAAUAUGCCAAGAAUCUUCUAUGCUCCCAUCCAAAAAUCUGGGAAACAAAAAUCCACCUUAUUUAUAUACGACUUUUGGGCUGUGGAAAUUUUGUAAAAGCUAGCGACUAGUAAAGGGAAGGCUAAAAGUUGGAACCUUUCCAAGCUAACAACAAUGGCAGCCACUGGGAGACUGCUAAGAACAUCAAGGCCGUGUGUGGGUAUUGCAAAUUCUCAAUCUUGUUAUUCUUUCUCGGUUCCAAAAGGCUCUUCUGCUAGAUUUGUAAGCAAAGGUGGAUUUGGAGGGGAGAAGGGGAUUGGAGAUGGUGAAAAACAACCUAAAUCAGCAACCAAGGUGGUCGCAGCAGUAGCAACCUCAGCAAGGUGUUUAGUUACUCCAGAGCCCAAGACAGAGAAAGGGUUGUUGGAUUUGGGUUUGUUAUUAGGAAAGAUCUCAACUUUAAUGUUUCAGAGAUUGAGAAUGAUUACCAUCAGAUUGCCGCAGAAAUUGCAUGCCCAGAUCUUGAUGGAGAAGGCUAUUGUAGACUGCAGAUUCUUUACUUGGUUUGCAGUUGCAGGGUCUCUGCUAGGUUCAGUUCUGUGCUUCAUUGAGGGUUGUUACAUAAUUGUGGAAUCAUAUUUCCAGUAUUUUCAUGCAGUCUCACAACAUUCAGGCCAAGCCCAUCUUGUGCACCUGUUAAUAGAAGCCAUUGACAUGUUUUUGGUAGGAACAGCUAUGCUUACAUUCGGGAUAGGACUGCAUGUCAUGUUUGUCGGAUCAAACAAUUCUAAAGAGCAAAUGCCACCCCUUCCAGGCUCACACUUGCUUCCUGCUCUCAAGAGUCUCCCGGAGAAGGUUGGAAUGCAGUCAGUUAUGCAGGCAAAGUCGAAAAUCGGGCAUGCUGUGGUCAUGAUACUCCAGGUUGGGGUGCUGGAGAAGUUCAAGGAAAUACCUUUGGUUACCAGCUUGGAUCUUGCUUGUUUCGCCGCAGUUGUGUUUGUAUCAUCAGCCUGUGUCUUCCUUCUUUCCAAACUCAACGUUAGCAGCGGAACCGAAGCCGAUACAUAGACAAGAAAAAAAUGCUAAUUAUAUAUGUGGCUGUCUGAGUGUCGGGAAGCCAAAAGCACUAUAGAAUAAUGGAUGUAAAUGAGAAUAGGAAUCAUUUAUUUUGUUUAUUAUUUCCAACAUUUAAUAUAAAUUAAAUCAUACAUUAAAAACAAUUGCAACCAAA